AUGUCUCCCACAUACACCAUGUCCGCACACCUGUGCAAGCAGAUUGCUGCAUCCUGGAAGGAGAUCAGGCACCCGCUCGAGCCUGGCCAGGCCUCUCCCACCACAGGCGCCUACUUCCCCUCCAGCUUCCAGCGUGCCUCUUCCCCAACCGGCUCAGACAGCGGCAAGCGUUCCAUGGACAGCGACCGCAGCGACUCCUCGGCUCCCUCCAUGACCCGAACCUCCUCCAACUCAAGUUGGAAAUGGGGCACUCGUUAA